AUAAAUCCAACCAUUGCCCAUAUGCCUCUGCUCCUUUAGACUUCCGUUCCUUCAUUCCAUUGUCAACUCAUCAGUCUCUCCUUUUUAGAUUCUCUUUCAUAUCUGCCUUCGGCUCAAUCGUUUCCGAAUUCUCAAUCCUAACAACCACAAAUAACCGUCAUGUCCAAAACAAGCACUUCGACCGCUGCCUCUCAGACGGCCUGCGCCGACAUCUACAACACGCCGAACCAAGAUAACGUAUGCGCUAUGUUCCGUAAGGACAACCACACCGAUAUUAUGCAAGCUUGCUGCGGUGAGGCCAAGAUCAUUAGCUAUUCUGGCGACUGCGGUCUAUACUGCGUUGCCCUCGACCAAACCAUCGAUCAGCUUUCUAAGUGUCUCUAUGACCACGGUGCUCCUGACGAAAAAGGUGUCUGGUGCAGUGGAAAUUCGAAGACCACCAAGACCAAGGAUGCCAACAUCCCCGCUACUGCUCGAGCCACCGUGAUCUCGGACGAUGAUGAAAAGGACAAGGACAAGGGCGAUGAUAAAAGCACCAGCACUGGCACAGCCAGCUCUUCCAAAUCAAGCGAGACUAGCAAUGCUGCUGCUAAUACCAGCCCUCAGUUUGUUACCACGACCCUGGGUCUUACCAUCGGUGCCUUGGUCUUGUCUUCUAUGGCUAUUGGUGCUUUCGAGCUCUAAAUACGAACUAGAAGUCUCUUCUAUUAUGGAUAUAACUGCACUGUUAAUUACUCUGCAGUAAUACAAUGUUAAUAUAUAUCAUUCGGGCUGUGUAUAGCAUGCAAUGGGA